AGCGGAUAUCCGGGAGCGUUGCAUUGUGGGGUUCAUUUCGUUGAUCGUUAGCGGAGUGAAUGAAGUAAUGAAUUAAGAGCUUCGGAUGCUUGAACGAUUCCGCCCCGGGCUUCAGCCGAACGCGCGCGGCGUCUGUGAGUUCACGCGGGCAGCUCGAGGAUGACCGAUCGGAGCUGAAUCAUGAUCGGGAUCAGCAGCAGAAGCAGCUCUGAUGUGUGGAUGUGGAGAGUCAGCGUAAACUGAUCAGCCUACAGCGUUUUAGCGAUCCGCUAUAAGAAAGCCGACCGCGCCGCUUGAGUCUCCGCACAAAGCCGCCGCUGUGGGUGUUUUUUUUUUCGUUAACAGCCCGUUGAACUUCCUCGCCCGCUUUCGAUCGCUUUGAAAGUCUGAAGCCUCUGGACAGCUCAUCCCUCAUGGCCUCUUCAUCGGGCAACGACGAUGACCUGACGAUCCCGAGGGCGGCGAUCAAUAAAAUGAUUAAAGAAACGCUUCCCAACGUGCGAGUAGCGAACGAUGCCCGAGAGCUGGUGGUGAACUGCUGCACGGAGUUCAUUCACCUCGUCUCAUCGGAGGCCAACGAGAUCUGCAAUAAAUCGGAGAAGAAGACUAUAUCCCCAGAACAUGUUAUAAACGCGCUUGAAAGUCUAGGUUUCGGGUCGUACAUCGCGGAAGUAAAAGACGUUCUGCAAGAGUGUAAAACUGUAGCACUUAAACGGAGGAAGGCCAGCUCUCGACUAGAGAACCUCGGCAUACCCGAAGAAGAGCUGCUUCGGCAGCAACAGGAAUUGUUCGCCAAGGCACGGCAGCAGCAGGCCGAGCUGGCGCAGCAGGAGUGGUUACAGAUGCAGCAGGCCGCCCAGCAGGCACAGCUGGCAGCGGCUUCAGCCAGUUCCGCUCAGCAGGCCGGAUCUUCCCAGGACGAAGAUGAAGAGGACGACAUGUGAAUCCCAGCAGGCUUUCGCCCAAGCACACGGAUACGGAUAUAUAUAUAUAUAUAUAUAUAUAUAUAUAUAUAUAUAUAUAUAUAUAUAUAUAUAUAUAUAUAUAUAUAUAUAUAUAUAUAUAUAUAUAUAUAUAUAUUCCAGACAUGUUCGGUCUCCCACACACACUCUGUUCUCCGUAAUCGUAGCAGAGAGGGACCUCUGCAGUGUUUUCUUCUACAUAAAACUUUUAAACCCCAGAUCACCAGUAUAGAUUCGUACUGACGGUUCAGGAGCAAUCGCGGGUCUUCUCCUGGGAUUUGUCGCUAUGUUUGCCUCGAUCCACUUGUUUAGAAUUAUUAGCUUUUGAAAAUCCCUCUUUUCCUUCUCACUUUGUUCCCGGUGCAAUUGAAGGCCGUCGCCGUGAGUUUCAGCGCGUGCGGGAAGGACGUCAAGUCGCGUGACGUGGCUGUGACCCGAGGCGCACCGUGUUAAUUGUCAUUGGGUAACUUCAGGAGCCGGUGUUUUUCGAAAUCGCAUCCUGUUUUAGGCGAUUUGCGUAUUUCUCUUAUAUUUGUCUUUGUAAAAUAGCUUAAAGAGACACACGUUUGGGGAACAUUUUUUUGGAAAGCGAUUUUUACAGCCGUUCAUCCCCGCUUCUUGUAUUUCUCUUUGUUCUGCCGAGUGAGCUCAGAGGAUGUGAUUUGUAAUGUAGGAUGUUGCUUUUUGGUUCUUUUUUUUUUUUUUUUUUAGUUCAAGUGAGGAUAAAGAUUACGUGUAGAUAGGCUUUUACCUGCCCUGUGUUCAGAACAGUAUUCAAAGGAAAAGAUUUACAUGUGCAGAAUAAAAUCUGUCUCAUAGUACCAAAGAUAGAAAAACUAUAAAAAUUCAGUCACCAGAUAGGCUUCAGAAAUCUGCUCGUGGUAUUCACUCUCUGUAUGAGUGCUUUGGUGCAUAUCGCACGGAGGCGCUCUGUAUCUCACUUUGUACAAUGUUUUGAUAGCAGAUUUUUUCCAGGUGCAAUGUGUAAAAGUGGAGCUGUGAAUGUGUGGUUAAUUCAUAUCUCGUGACGACUGGUAAGGUGUAGUUGAGAAGCGUAUUCACAUGCCUUUGCAAAAGCUGUAAGUUGUAUUCUCUAAGCAAUAAAGUCGACCCGUUUUAUAGACA